AUGGCCAUGAACAUGCACAAGAGGCGUCCGCCAUAUAAAGGCACAGAAAUGAAGCUCGUUCUCGCCAUCGACAUCGGGACGACGUUCAGCGCAGCUUCUUGGUGCCUUCUAGAGCCCAAGAAAGAGCCGAAAAUGGGUGGGGUGCAACAGUGGCCUAAACAGUCUAUUCCAGACUCCAAGGUCCCGACACUCAUCUUCUAUGACAAAAACGGCAUUGCACAGGCAUUCGGUGCAGCAGUGGAGGACGAGGGUGUGAUGAAAGAAGCAGUGUUAGCUGGCUGGCUGCGGGUGGAAUGGUUCAAGUUACACUUGCGGCCCGCUAGCCUCAAAUUUAUCGAUCCUUUCCACACUUUGCCACCUUUGCCAGCCAACGUCUCUAUCAAGCAACUCUACACCGAUUUCCUACGUUUUGUCGGUGAUCAAGUGAAAGUCAACUUUUUGGCCUCAUAUAGCAAGUCGGAGAGUUUUUGGAACAAGCUCUUGGAAUCGAUGGAUGUGGUUCUCUCCAUACCAAACGGCUGGGAAGGCCCACAGCAGGAACAAAUGCGCCGCGCUGCCAUAGGCGCUGGCCUUGUUGAUGCACAUGGCGCAGACAGAGUCAAGUUUGUAUCGGAAGCGGAGGCCUCAGUGUUAUACGCAAUCGAGACAGGGAGGAUCACAGAUUGGCUGACCCCUAGUGCACAUAUUGUUAUCUGCGAUUGUGGUGGAGGAACAGUCGACAUCACGCGAUAUUGUGUCAAAUCUAACUACCCUUGCCUGCAGCUGGAGGAGUCGGCGCUGCCACGAUGCUACAUGGCAGGAAGCCUCGUGGUCACAGACUACGCCCGGGAAUAUCUGUCAGUCCUUUCUCGCGGAACGGAUUGGGAGGAGAAGACUGAGGCAUUCGAAAUGGUCGUUUCAAACUUUGACAAAUUGGCCAAAGUCAAGUUCUCACAGGAGAAUGAAAAUUCUUAUGUGCGCCUUGGAGGGUUCGAAACUUGCGCUGAGAAGGACAUUGAGCGCGGACAACUGAAGCUAUCUGGAGAUAAAAUGGCCUUAUUUUUUCAACCGUGUAUCGAACACAUUCAAAACGGUAUUAAAUCUGCAUGUUUCGAUUCUGAUGGGAAGUUGGUGACUGCGCAAGUAAUUCUUGUUGGCGGAUUUGCUGGGUCUCCGUACCUGUUUUCUCAGCUGAACCAAUUUGCGAAAGAAAUCGGAGUGGAAAUAACACGUCCAGAUGGUCCUACUGCAAAGGCCGUGGUGAAUGGGUCUAUAUCGUGGUUUUUGGACUCGACUGUGCGGGCACGUCUGGCCAAAUGGCACUACGGAACUGACGUAUUUUGUCAGUAUGACUCUGAUAUUCCCGGUCAUCUGCCAUACAAAGACCAAAUAAUCACUGUCCCGAGUGGAAUCCAGUACAUUCCUCGUGCUUGGCAGUGCAUUGCCCCCAUGGGAGCUCGACUGAGCACAAGGAAGGAACAUUGUGUCGCCUUUGUCGCCGAACUUCCGGACGACACUGUAAACUUUAUCCGAGAGGAAACAAUCUACAUCUACCGCGCACAAACACCUCCCAGCUUUAUGUGUGAACCUGAUGAAUCCGACUUCAAACCCGACUUUGAGGCCAUUUGUACUAUCAAAGGAAACCUCCGCAAGUGCUUCAAAGCAACACCUCCCCAAACAUCUUCCUUAGGUCACCGCUUCCGCAGAAUUGAGUUCGAAGUUGCUCUGCGGCUGGGUGGCACCCAGCUAAGUGCUCGUUUGAAGUGGAAAGAAAAUGGCAAGUAUAAAGAAGGCCCCGCGACCGUCAUAAUUACCGAGUUCAACUAG